GUGGGGACAAAAUGAACAUCACUUCAUUAAAAGACAAGAUUUCAAGCUUUUGAAUUUGUCAGCAUUCACUGGACAAACAUCACUGAAGAUGCCAACACUUGUGAUUUCUACACAUAUGUGUCUAUGAAGCUAGGAAAAAUCCAGAGAGAACCACUAAUCUAGCCAAAAAUCUUCAAAAGAUGUGUAACAUACUCUAUAAGUCCCAUUUGGUUAUCAUGUUCAUGAUGGUUCUUUCUCUACCUUUCAAUGUUCAAUCCCAAGACAAGGAUGUACAGAACAUGCCAGAAAUACCCAAAAGUGUCCAUCCAAGCAAAGGAGUUAUAAUAAUAGUUCUCUCUAUAAUGUUUGCCUCAGCAUUUCUCUUACUUGCUUAUGUAAAGUUCUGCAGAAUCAGCUCAGCCCAAAUUCUGAACCAAAACUCCAAUCUCCAAACUCUAACAAGAUCAAGGUCAAGACUUUCUUCUGGGGUUGACAAACAAGUAAUUGAAUCACUCCCUUUCUUCAAGUUUUCUUCCUUAAAGGGAUCCAAACAAGGCCUAGAAUGCACCGUUUGUUUAUCGAAAUUCGAGGACAUCGAGGUUUUAAGGUUGUUGCCAAAGUGCAAACAUGCUUUCCACUUGAGUUGCAUUGACAAGUGGCUAGAAAGCCACUCUACUUGCCCUCUUUGCAGGUACAGAGUUGAAGCAGGGGACAUCAAGAACUUCUCUUAUUCAUUGAGUUCAAGGUCUCUGAGAGUUCCUUCAAAUUUAACUGAGGACCCAAAUCUUGAAAUUUUUAUCCAAAGAGAGUCAUCAAGGAGAAAGAGCAACAAUCAAGAGCUUCUUAUUGAUCACGAUGGUGGAGGUAAUAGUGGUGGUUCAACUGCAAAGUUCAAACCUUUGCACUUGAUCAAUCAUAGAAUUUUGAUCUCUGAUGUUGUUACAAGGAGCAGGUGGAGUGAUCUUAAUUCCUCAGAUUUGCUAUCAUUGAACUCUGAGAUGCUUAAUGACAUGUGUAGCACUAGAUUUUCUCCUUCUGAAUCCAACAACAGUGAGAAGUUUCAAGGAGUUUCAAUCCAUUUUCCCAGUGCUUCCAAUGAGGAAGAAGAUGAGAAUUCGUUCACGGCGCUGAAUCCGGCUGAGAAGAGGUCCAUGUCUGAGAUUGCGAAUGUUCCAAGGUUUUCUGAGAUGAGCAAGAGGAACAGAAUCAGAGAAUGUAAUGGGGAGAAUGGAAGUGAAGAGAGACUUUUGAGGAUUUGGAUGCCAAUUGCAAGAAGAACAGUCCAAUUGUUUGCAAGACAAGAAAGAAAUUUAGUUGAGUUAGAAGAUAGACCUUUAGCUUCAAAUGUUUGAUGAUUGUAAUAGUACUAAUAGCAUGAUUGGUUUCAAAAUUUGCACAUAUUCAAAGGAAAUUUUACUCAAAA